AUAUUUAGGCUUCUCCUAGAGAAGAGGGGACAUCAAGUCACGAUCACAGAGGACGUCGUCAAGGCGGUAGCAGAAAAUCGGAGAAAUAGAACAGACGUAAUGGCCCUCCUGUUAGAAAAGAAGGGAGAUCAAGUCACGAUUACGGAGGACGUGGUCAAGGCGGCAGCAGGGAAUUACUAUAAUAGGAGAGACGUGAUGGCGCUCCUUCUGGAAAAGAAAGGAGAUCAAGUCACGAUCACAGAGGACGUGGUUAAGGCGGCAGCAGGGAAUGAGGAAAAUAGGAGAGACGUGAUGGCGCUCCUUCUGAAAGAGAAGGGAGAUCAAGUCACGAUCACAGACGACGUGGUCAAGGCGGUAGCG